CCAGUAAUAGAGUUGUGCCCCGUUACUUAUCGUAACAUUGGAUGUUACAAAGACUUCCACUUGGGUCGUCGUCCAGUAACGGAUCAGCUAUCGAUAGAAGGGGAUUUUGCAUGCCCCAGCAGUGAUGUGGCCGAUUUCGAGGAAUGGAAUGACAAAAUGUACGACCGUGUAUAUAAAUGCGGCGAGAAAGCACGAGAAGGAGGGUACAAGUAUUCUGCUUUGGAAGACUGCGGUAAGUAAGAGUUAAGUUUAAAAAAAAAAUGCACCUACCUUUAGUUGAAUGUUAUAACAGUGGCGGGAAGGAUUUGAACGAGGAGUGACCGAACUUAACCCCUCACAAACUAACAUCAGAAUGCAUAUUCUCCACACUGUUCUGUAUGCAUUUCUAGGUGCUAACAAGGAGAAUUUGUUUGCCAAUCAAAAGAUUCAGCCUUCCCCAGUGAUCAUUUCCUUUAUUCUCACGACCUUAACGUGUGAUUCAGGAGUGAUAUUGUAGGGAGAAAUUGGAUGCCCGUCACUCUUAGGAUUUAAAGGGUUAAUAAAACUUGUAAAAAAACACGCCAUUGUGCCUUUGAAUGGAAAUAGAGAAGUGAUGAUGGAUACACAAGCAAUGUUAACAGUCAUGUUCUCUAUGGGGUACUCCUGAAUAGACUGCAAGAAAAAACUAGAGGGAUGGCACUAAAAACAAAAGAGAAAACGACUUUCCCGUUACUUACUAACACAUCAGCUCGAAAGGUCUCGCUAGGCAGUGUGCACGACUGCAGAGGCCGAAUUAGACUGAUACGUCAGAAGUUUCUCACCAACCUUUCUAAAAUUCUGUUUCUUUUAAUACUUUCAUGCAGGUUAGUGCUGGGUAGCAAAGGAAUUCUCAGUGAAUAAGAAUGGACUAAGUGACCUGUGUGUGACUGACGGGAUGGAAGAGUGCACCUCUGCAUCCAAGAAUUGCGUUGGCGCAAGUAGGCUGGCGCUGAACGCGUACAAUAUUGUUGAACGCCCAAAGUAUGGAAAAUAA